UUAUUUCCCGCCCCGUAGGCGUUUCUAAGAAUCUGAUUGGCUUGCUGUUUCACAUUGUACUUUGGAAUUGUACGCCGAUUGGCUUUCGAGUGUGCUCGUCACUGUCCGCGCAGACUAAUGAUCCAAUAGAACAUCACCAGACAAAGAGACCGCCUAAACGUUUGACGAAAUGGAUUUAAUGUUGUUUUGGAAAGCUGAAUAUGUUAUGUUAACUACAAGUACUGUAGGAUAAAACAUCAGCAAGGCCAUGAACGAAUCCUCACACACGUUAAUAGAGAAAUCAUUUACAUUUCAGGACUGUGAAGACUCCUUAACUGUGUCUAUCCCUGAGGUUCUUGAUUCACAAUAUGGCAUGUAUGUGUGGCCCUGUGCGGUGGUGCUAUCACAGUAUGUGUGGAUGGCAAGAGAGGAACUACAGAACAAGACUGUUCUUGAGCUCGGCGCCGGGGUGGGUUUGCCAGGUGUGGUGGCUGGCAGGUGUGGAGCGCGUGUGAUGCUGUCAGACAGUGCCGAACUGCCCCUCUGUCUGAGGAACUGCAGGCGCUCCUGUGACGCCAACAGCCUGCCCGAUGUGCCUGUGAUCGGACUCACCUGGGGACAGGUGUCGCCGGAGCUCCUCUCGCUGACCCCGCUGGACAUCAUCCUGGGCUCAGAUGUCUUCUAUGAACCUGAAGAUUUUGAAGACGUGCUCGUGACCAUCUCCUUUCUCAUAAGGAGAAACCCUCAUGCUCAGUUCUGGACUACAUACCAGGAGAGAAGUGCGGACUGGUCCAUCGAGGCUUUGUUACACAAGUGGGAUCUGAAGUGCAUCAAUGUCCCACUCGAAAUAUUUGAGGCAAACAAAAACCAUCUUGCUGGAUCAACACUUCCUGGGAAUCAUACUGUACAAAUGAUGAUUAUAACAAGAACGGGGUUGUAAUGAGAAACUUGUACAAAUCUUUUCCUAAACAGUCCUUUCCAAUAUCACAUGUCCUGAUAAUCUUCUGUUCUACAUUUUAAUCCUUCACUUGAAAAUGCCAGAUUACAGAAAUAAAACAGGUUUAUGGUGACAGAUUAUGCCAAUAUACACUAUAGGGCAUGAUUUAGUUAAGUAUCAUUGAGAUACUAUUAAAUUUAUCAAUAUUUUAGAUUUUUAUUUUAAUUAAUUUAAGUUUUAGUAAUUUUGUUGUGCAUUUGUAUUAUUAUUUUUUUAAAUUCAUCAUUUCAGUGUUUUUAUUACAACUUAAAAUGAAUUAAAAUUGGCUUGGCAACUAGCUGAAACAAAAUAAGUUGAUCACAUAUUUAAAGUUUAACCUCAUCCUUCCCAAGA